AAGAUAUCGGGGACUCAGUAAAGAUUUCAAAAUGGCRGACGACGACAUGGGAGAUUAUGAUGAUGAUUUGGAUGAAGUAGAAGAAGAAGAACCAUUAGAAGAUGUAGAUGAACUCGAGCCGACAGAUGAAGCAGGAAAUGUAGACAUACUUCCUGCACAAGAUGAGAAUCUAGAACCAGCAAAGAGAAUAACAACACCAUAUAUGACCAAGUAUGAGAGAGCAAGAGUGCUGGGUACUAGAGCACUCCAAAUAAGUAUGGGAGCUCCAGUUAUGGUGGAACUGGAAGGAGAAACAGAUCCUUUACAAAUAGCAUUAAAAGAACUUAAAGCAAGAAAGAUCCCUAUUAUAAUACGACGCUAUCUUCCAGAUGGUAGCCAUGAAGACUGGGGCAUUGACGAGCUUAUUGUCACAGACUAGAAAAAUUGYAUCAUUAACGUUUUAAAUUGCCAAAAAAAUCAUUCAUAGCCUUUGUUAUUUGAAGCCAAGCAGUCUAGUUGAUAUUUUAAUAAUACAAUCAGGUUAUUUCAUUGAAGCCUUUCUUGGCUAGAAGCAACAUUAAGAUUCUUAUGAUCRUCUAGAAAGAUUUUUUCAAGGAAUAUAUACCGAGCUUUAACAUAAUUUCUGUGCCAACAUUGGCAAGCGAAAAACACAGCACUGCAGUUUUUGCAAAGGCCUUGGUUCUUUGUACAUGAGAAUUCUAGAACUCAGUCUACAUGCUUAGUUUUUGGUGGUUAUGCCAAGAAUGAUACGCAGUAAAAGUGAUAUCACUUGAUUGUCAAGAAUCAUGAACCUGGAGAUAUACAUUUUAGCCAGCUCAACAAAGUCCUAGUCAUUGCAUGCCUUGUAAAUAAUAUCCACAUCAACUACUGAUCAUAGUUCAUAAAUCAAUUUUUAUCAUAUUUGUCAGUCUCACGUUUUGUUUAAGUAUAUUUAUUCACAGGUAGUUUUUCACUUGUUUUAAUAUUAUAGUACUCAUGAAAAGUGGGUGGAUUAAUAAAUACUUGAGUCCUUCAGA